CGCAGUGUUUUCAAUUGUCUACUACGUCGAGAAAGAAAGAAGACGUUUUCAGCGUUUUUCCGAAACGAGAAAGUUUUUUUGCCAUGGAAAAUACAACAAAUUCUCCAACAGUUCAAAUUGCUGUAACACAACCUCAACAAAUUACUUUACAGAGCGCUCCUACCAAUGCUUCCCAUAUCCAGAUAUUUGCUCAAGAUCCUAAUAAUGCUGGGAAAGCCUUGUAUAUUAUUGAUCCAAGUCAGGCAGGAGGCGUACAAAUGAUCUCAAACUCUGACCAACGCUUUGAAUUUGCAAAUUCUGCUGGAACUCAAAAUUUAGCUGGCGCAUCGCAGCAACAAUCAACAGUUAUGCUAAAUGGCCAGCAAGUUAUUGCUCAGAGGCUACCAGUUGCCAUGGAGGCUUUAGACGAGCCGUUAUAUGUAAAUGCAAAGCAAUAUCAUCGUAUUAUAAAAAGACGACAGGCUAGAGCGAAAUUAGAAGCUGAAGGAAAGAUACCAAAAACAAGAAAGAAAUAUUUACAUGAAUCCCGCCAUCUUCAUGCUGUUCGUCGAAAUCGAAGUAUGGGGGGUAGAUUCAUUGGUAAAGGAAAGAGAGGAGCAGAAGCUGAAAAUGAACAAGUAAUGCCUAGAGAAACAACCACUGUAGGGACUUUGAAUAGCCAGACAAUUUUAACUGCAGAGCACAUACAGGCUCUGCAAACUGCUAAAUUACACACAUUGCAAGCUCAUUCUACGGCAGGUCAAACUUUACUGGCUAACCCGACACACACUAUGAUACAAAUUCAGAACAAUAUUCCAGUAAUGACGAGUAGUAAUCAACAGCAUGCUUCUGUAUCAUCUUCUACAGUGGGAAAUUCAACAGUGACCGUCUCGCCAUUACCGACUAAUCACAUCCAAACGCUUUCGCAUGUCACGUCAAAAGUUUGAAUUCACUUUUAAUAGUAUAAAGAUAACGAAUCUUCAAUUUUAAUCAAAAAUCUAUAGGAAUCAUCUUCCUAAAAGUCUGCGUGUACAGUUUUUACAGCACACAUUGGGCUAUUUCUAAGCCUUUAUAUUUUUGUUAUCCUAGCUGCAGAGAUUUAUAUUUUCUGCAUUUUUAAAGGCUAAAACAUGCUUUUUACUUGCGUAAUGUAAGGCCGAUCCUAUUUCUUUCAUAUUGUAAUUAUGUAUAUAAAGUUACAUUGAGAACAUAAGUUAUUCAAAAUAUAAUUGUUGUUAAUAACA